GUUGCUCCCAGAAGACUGCCGCUCUCUAACGCCGAUAGCGCGGAAAUCUACAAACGCCUGAUAAGCGGCUCUUCGCGCUGAUGCCGUUACGACGGGCAGCGGCGAGAUCUGCGAAAUCGACAGCGGCCUUCCGUGUGUGGAGACGGCGACGGUUUGCCGGGGAGCGCGCGGCCCGGGGUGAGAGAGGCGCAUUGAAUCCUCCUGCUCGAGUAAGCGACGACCUCGAAGCGAGAAAGCCGGGCGGCGCGGUUCGGGCGUCGCGACCUGCGAACGGACGGAAAGCUUCGAUCGAGUGGCAGAGAACAACAGCGGGAAGACGGGAGCGAGCGUGACGUGAUGCCAGCCAACAGCAGCCAGGACCAGAAGACCGGCAAGCCCGGGAAGGUGAUCCUGGGCUACUGGGCCAACAUCCGCGGCAUCGUCGAGCCCAUCCGGUGCAUGCUGGAGUACGCCGGAGUGCCGUACGAGUACAAGACGUACCCGUGGCUGGACAAGCCCACUCCGCAGGAGAGCAAGGCCGUGUGGCUGCAGGAGAAGGCGGCGCUGGCCGAGAGGGGGUUCCCGUUUCCCAACCUGCCGUACCUGGUCGACGGCGAAGACGCCAAGAUCGUCCAGAGCCUGGCCAUCAUGCGCUACUUGGCUCGCAAGCACGGCCUCGCCGUGCCGGACUCGGAGCCCGCCUUGGCCGCUCGCGUCGACAUGCUCGAAGGACAGAUCAACGAGCUCAGGUGGUACCUCAUCUACUACUGCUGGGAGGACUACUUCGCGUCCCUGAAGGGCGACUUCGCCGAGGCCCUGCCCGCACAGCUGGAGCUGCUGUCGCGCAGCCUGGCCGACCGCAAGUGGCUCGCCGGCGAUCAGAUCACCCACGUGGACUUCAUGCUGUACGAGCUGCUCGAUCAGUUUUUGCUCUUCAAACCGGGCUGCCUGAACGAGCACGCCAACUUGAAGGCGUACGUGGAGAGGUUCCGCCAGCUGAAGCCCAUCAAGGCGUACCUGUCCUCGGACAGGUUCCAGCCCUGGCCAGUGUUCCUGCCGGUGGCCAAGCGCUGGGGAUGCGGCAAGCCUCCGGCGAGCCUCGUAGGCAAGCACGCGAAAGCCUGAAGAAAGCUUUCUUCUCCCCUCUCUUCUUUAUGAAGGCAGAUUGUGUUGGUGUGUUCAUAAAUUGGAUAUUAAAAUUUUCUUCGCCUGUCUGGAA